UAAUUAUGUGCAAUUGCAUACAAGAGGAGGGAAUUGAAAAGUUGUUGUGCAUGAAAAAACGCUGAAAAAGAGUUAAUAUGGCUACCAAACAACGUAGAACACUAUGAAAAACGCUGCUGUCUGUCUCUGUAGUUGCUGAAGUAUAUAUCGACAAAUGGCCAGUGACAUACCCGCUUUUUUGGAGGUGGGUACUCCUGUCAGUGCAAAAUUUAAAGGAGCAUUUUGUGAAGCAACCAUCAAAUCUGUUAAGAAGUCGGUCAAGUGUAAGGUUCAGUUUAAAGAUGGUAGCGGCUCUGCUAUUAUUAAUGAUGAGUUUAUAGAAGGGGAACUAAAACUAAAUGCAUUGGUUCAAACUAAACAAGAUGGAGGUGAAGCAAGAGAUGCUGUCAUACAGAAAAUGAAUGAUCACAGUCUGUAUACAGUUGUAUUUGAUGAUGGUGAUGAAAGAACAUUAAGGAGAACAAAUGUUUGUGUGAUGGGAGAAAGACAUUUUCAAGAACACGAGAACUUGGACAACCUACCACUGACCGAUCCAGAGAACUUUUUAACUCCUGUGUUAUUAUCAAAUGACAAAAGACGAAAACGCAGAAGAUCACAACCCAACUUAGAUGAGGAUGACUCAGAUAGUGAUGGUACAAAGCCUGGUAAAAGAUGGAGUGAGAUUGAUAAAGAAUAUCUUGGAAAGGUCGUAUGCAUUGAACAAGGGGAAAGGAGAAAAAGUUGGUUUCCAGCUCUUGGCCUAAAACAUUUUGGAAAUCAUCCUGAUAACCAAGUCUAUGUGCAGUCGUUUAAAGAUGGCAAAAAAAUGCUGGUGAAAAAAGAAGAUGUGAAAGAUUUCUCAAAAGAAAAGGAACCUUUGUCAAAUUUCUUAAAAGGAGAAACGAAAACCGACCCAAUACUAAGAUCAGCUAUCGAAAAAGCACUAGCAUACCACGAUCUUGGUGAGUUACCAAAAGGAUGGAACAUUCUUGAUACCAUUGAUGAAAAGGAAGAAAGCUCUGAUGACGAUGUGUCUGCUCCCUUGGUCCCGGUUCUCUCCUCUGAUGCAAAAGCUUUCCAAGACAAUGUAUAUAGUUUCAUGAGUAGACAAGGCACUCCACUGACAAAACCUCCAACAAUAAACAACCAGGGUGUGAAUCUUCAUAAACUUUAUGAACUUGUACUGGAAAUAGGUGGUAUGGAUGAGGUGAGUAAUCAGCAAUGGCGCCAUAUUUACACGAAACUUGGUUUACGUAACAUGCACACCACUGCGUCAUAUAACAUGAAAACGUUAUACAAAAGAUACCUUUACCCUUACGAAGAACACUUGAAAAGCUCAGCAAAAUCUUCUCCAAGUCGACAACAGAAACCCAAGAGUAAGAGAAACGCAACUAAAGAAGACAACGAUAAAUCUUCAACGAUAUCUGAAAGUGAUUCCGAGCCUGACAGGCGUCGUACAACGCGUUCAACUAAAGCGAUGUUAGAUAGGUCGUUUGAAGGUAGUGCAGAAAAGAAAAAACGCCCUAAUUUGGCGUCACGUGAGUCCACGGUGGACGAGACAGAAAAAUCAACAUUGAAAGGAUUGUUUCUGGAUGUGGAUGUGAAAUUCUCUGAAGCAGAAGAUGUGGAUGUUGUGAACAGUCCGGAAACAUCUGACACGAGCGAGGAUACUGAACAUUCCCAUGACACCAGAGAUCAAGUUGGCAAGUAUAAAAUGGGUAGUAAGAUUGCAAUUCGAUAUGGUAGCGGAAAAAACCAGCGUAUUUACAAUGCGAAGAUUCUCGACGUUGGGAAAGAAGAAGGUAAUGGAGAAGUCGUUUACAGAAUUCAUUACAACGGUUGGAAUCACAGGUAUGAUGAGUGGGUGAAGGAAGAGAGAAUUCAAGGCUUUUGUAACAUUCCAAACAGAAGAAAAAAUAUUGGUCCACCAUUACCAACAGUGAAGGUACCCAAAGAUUUGCCACAGAAAUUCAAGGCAAAAGUUGAAACUGAUGCAUUACCUAUUUUACCCGCAGAACAUACCACCACUGAACAAAUGACACCAACAACAACUCCUAUUACAACGCCUGUCUCCAAACCGGUCAAAUCACCUGUUAUUGAAAAGCCACCGUCGCCUCUUAAAUCACCCACCUAUGCUCAUGAGCCACUCUUUCUUUCUGAGUCGACGAAACACGCUCAACACACGAAGAAAACUCUCCAUCCCAAAGCCGUAAACGACGCUUUAUUCAUUCCGGAUUUUAAACCCAGCCCUGUGAAGCCUAGAACGACCAGAAAUUCCAUGCAAGAUACGAUUUUGUUGAACGCUUUAGUAGAAAGUAUUGGCAAGCCGAACCAAUCAGCUGUAAACAUUCAAUCUGAUCCCCUAAUGAAAUCCGAGUCUUCCACCGUAAAUCGUCGACGAUCUAAUCGUCAACAAAUAACGUCUCAAAAAUCAGAUAACGCCGAGAGCGACCUAAGCAGUAAAGACGAAAAGGAAGAUUAUGGGACCAAAAAAGAUGACGUCAAAGAAGAGCCUACGACAAGUACAACAUUUUCUGACCAUCAAGCAAGUGGUUAUGAGAAUUACUCUUCUAGUAAGAAGCCAUUGCCUCUUGAUCCUAAGGAAUCGUCCAAAGAAGAUUCCGUGAAGAAAUGGAUCGAAGAUUCAAGCAAGUUGAUGUCCAAAACAUCAUUGCAGAAGACGAUGGAAGAAGGUCCAAAAAUUGAGGCAUGUGAUCCGAGUGAGACGUCUAAGGUUGACGAGUUUCAGAACAAGAUUAGUCAGGACGACGAUAAAAAGAAAGGUCGUAAAAUGAAAACUAAAAAAGAAGAAAGCAAGCCAAAUCGAAAGAGACGAAACGAUGAAACGGAUAGUGAUAACGAAGAAAAAGAAAGCACAUCGGCACCUGUCGAAACGAUUAAAAGCGAUAACAAUAACUUACAAUCAGAAAAGGAUAGAACUUCUGAAACGGCCCAAACCUUAAGCGAUUUUUGUAACAUUGUCGAAAACAUACCUAAACUUCAAGCCUCUGAAAGUGUGGAGGAGAGUGUUCCGGACACACGGAAAGAAAGUAAUUCUCCGCAGAAGGAUCACGAGAAGUCGCGAAAGAAAAAGCACGAUAAAAAACGAAGACGAACUCAAUCGACUACUGAAGUUGAAGCAUUAAAGAGUCCGAAAGAAAAGAAGGAAAAACGGGUGUCGCCGCCAUUGCAAUACAACAUCGACUUUAUGUCGGAUUUAGAAAAUGUGCUUGCAGAAAAGAAUUCUGUAGAUCGAAUUGUAAUCAUGCAGUCCCGUUUAAAUGCCAUGCGAAAGUUAUACAGCAAAUUACGUACCGAAGUAGCUAGCAUCGACCGUCGAAAGAGAAGAAAGCUACGCAAGCAAAUGGAAAACAAACAACGGACGAGUGUGUCUUAAAUGUAUUGCCUUCAGUUUUUUUAUCCCUUUGAUGUGAAUAUUGUGAAUAGCUGUGUAAUUAACAAAAGGAGAUGUAUAAUAGCGUAUUGUAAUUAAAAAGCCAGUGUAUGGUUGAAAA